AUGGCCACAACCACAUCAAAGCCACACUUCAUAGGUUUCUACAUCCGCGACGUGAUCUCCAGCUGCAGGAUAAUGGUUGACACUGGAGUAAUGCAGUUGGUGUUCCCACCAACAGGAGAGGACCUCAGGCACACUCCCAAUGCCACAGCCGUCCUUGUGGCCGCAAAUGGUAACCCCAUCCGCUCCUACGGCAUGAAGCCCCUAAAGAUCUCUAUCCUGGGGCAUACCUACGUCUGGACGUUCAUCAUCACGGACAUCAAGGCCCCUCUCCUGGAGGUGGACUUCCUGGCGCAAGACGGGUUCCUGGUGGAUGUAGGCCGCAAGCGCCUCCUCGACACAGGGACAUGCUGUUCCCUCCUGCUCGCCACAGGCCCAAGCAUACCCACCGUUUGUUCCCUUGUGCCCCACAAGUAUGGCAGUCUUCUGCAGGAGUUCCCCGACGUAUUUAAGCUGGAGCUUUGUCAGGUGGCUGGAACCCCUGCCAAGCAUGGUAUAUAUCACCAUAUCACAACCAUGAGCCCUCCUACACACACAAAGUUCUGCCAACUCUCUCUGAGCCACCUCCAAGAUGCCAAGAGGGCUUUCACAGAGAUAGAACAAAUGGGCAUCUGCAAGAAAGCUUCAAGCCUGUGGGCAUCGCCCCUCCACAUCGUAAAAAGUCAGAUGAUAUCUGGAGGUCCUAAGGGGACUACCAUCGGUUAA